AUGGCGCCUUCCAGGAAAUUGUCAAUAGCCAAGAAGACAGCGAGUUUGAGGAUUCUGAUGACCAAAUUGAAGCAGGUUGUAGCAGCCUUCGACGAUAUUUGCCGAUUUGCCAAGAACAUCCAGGGAACUACUUCCGCCACCCAAAUCCUUCUUCGGCUGGAAAAAAUCGACGACUUAUGGGAAAGGUACGGAGCAACUCUCGUGGAAGUCCAGUCCCAUGAAGAUUAUGAUGAGGAGGACGUGGAAAGCGAUGCGCACGAUAACCGAGGACAGGAAUUUAGUGACCGUUAUUACGAGGUUAAGUCGAUUUUAUCAGAUGAGCUUAGGGAGAGACAGGAACCAGCUAAUCUCAAUCAACCCAUUCGUAGUGAUACUCCAACAAUGUCCACCCUCGAUCGCGUACGUCUUCCGCAGAUUAGCCUACAAACUUUUAAUGGGGAUAUAGAUGAUUGGCUAAGUUUUCGGGAUCUGUUCCCUUCCUUAUUCCACCGAAAGACAGAUUUGCCUGAUGUAGAAAAAUUCCACUACUUGAAGGGUUGUUUGCAAGGGGAACCAAAAACAAUUAUCGAUUCACUAAAAAUCACUGCAGAAAAUUAUCAGGUAGCAUGGGGGUUGUUAACUAAACGGUACAAUAACAGCAAAGUGCUGAAGAAACGGCAGAUUCAAGCGCUAUUGAAGUUACCCAUUCUGCUCAAGGAAUCCGCUUCCGAAUUGCACACUCUCGUGGAAGGAUUUGAAAAGAUUGUACAAACACUGGACCAGGUCGUACAACCAGCCGACUACAAGGACCUUCUUCUAGUGAGCAUGUUGGCGUCUCGUUUGGAUCCGUCUUCUCGUCGUAGUUGGGAAGAGUUUUCUUCAACGAAGGAACAGGAUACGCUGAAGGAACUCACAGAAUUUCUUCAACGACGAGUUCGCAUCCUGGAGUCUUUGCCUUCCAAGGCAGCAGAUGUCACCAGGGCAACACACCAACCGUCAUUCGCCAACCGUCAGAGGAACUCGGCAGUGAAGAACAGUUUCAAUACCAUCCAAGCUAUCGAGGAGCACUGCUUCGCUUGCACUGGAAAUCAUCUUUUAUUCCAGUGCGGAGUUUUUCAACGGAUGUCAGUAACGAAUAAGGAUUCGUUGUUGCGGGCUCAUUCGUUAUGCAGGAACUGCUUCAGACAAGGACACUUAGCUAAAGAAUGUCAGUCGAAGUAUUCUUGCAGAAAUUGUAAGGGACGUCACCACACGUUGGUCUGUUUCAAAUCGGAAGGGAACUCCAAAGCAAAGGGUCCGACAAGAAGCAGAAACAUGAUCAGGGAAGCUCCGGCAUCUACACUUACGCCUACACCUCAAGCUGCAAAUGUUCCAGCUCCUCCGCAAGUAGCUAACCUAGUAGCUACGGACAGCUUGGUGGCAGGCACAGUUCACCAAUGUUCGUCGAAGGUUUUGUUGGCAACAGCAGUUGUCAUUGUUCAGGAUAACGAAGGCAACACAAUUCCAGCUCGCGCGCUACUUGAUUCAGGAUCGGAGAGCAAUUUCAUCACCGAACGUUUGAGUCAGCGUUUGAAUGUAUGCCGAAGUAAGGUGGAUAUUUCGGUUCUAGUAAUUGGUCAGGCUGCAACUAGGGCAAAACAAAGAAUUGUUGUCACUAUUCGCUCUCGGCUGUCGGAGUUCUCGUGCCAGAUGGGUUUCCUGGUGCUUCCGAAGGUGACAGCCAAUCUUCCUACCACUAGCAUCAACAUCGCUAGUUGGGCGAUACCGGAAGGAAUCGAACUAGCUGAUCCUUCAUUCUGUGUUUCAUCAGGAGUGGAUCUUGUUCUGGGCAAUCAAGCAUUUUUUGACUUCUUCAGUACUGGCAGAAAGAUUUCUCUUGGUGAACUGCUUCCUACAUUAUACGAUUCAGUCUUCGGUUGGAUUAUCAGUGGAGGAAUUGCCGAAGGAAAUUCAAAUUUGCACAUUAACUGCAACCUUGCAGCAACGGAUCGUUUGGAGGAUUUACUUACCAGGUUUUGGUCAAUAGAGGAAGUGGAAUCGGCUCAAAACUACUCCCCCACUGAAGGUCGUUGUGAAGUUUUAUUUUCGAGCACAAUACAGCGUGGAGCGGAUGGCCGCUAUUCUGUAUCUCUUCCCAAGGAUGAAAACGUCAUUUCUCGGUUGGGCGAAUCAAAGGAGAUCGCAUUCCGACGUUUUCUAGCCACCGAACGGAGGCUCACAAGGGACAGUAACCUCAGGAAACAAUAUGUGGACUUCAUGGAGGAAUAUCGGCGGUUGGGUCACAUGCGGAAAAUUGAACUAGAUUCAGAAGUUAUCCACAGAUGUUUUCUUCCCCAUCAUCCGGUGCUCAAGGAAGCCAGCACAACCACCAAGGUCCGGGUGGUAUUCGAUGCCUCGUGCAAAACAGCAUCGGGACUAUCGUUGAACGAUGCUUUGCUGGCUGGACCUACAAUUCAACAGGAUCUCCGAGCUAUUGUACUACGGUGCUGUACAAAGCAGAUAUUGAUGGUAGCAGAUGUGGAAAAAAUGUUCCGUCAAAUAUUCGUUAAUCCACAAGAAAGACCUCUUCAAUCCAUCCUGUGGCGUUCGUCCCCUUUAGAGGAAGUGGCGAUGUACGAGUUGAACACCGUUACCUACGGAACAAAGCCGGCACCGUUCUUGGCGACACGAACAAUGAAGCAGCUGGCGAUGGAUGAAGGUGAGCGAUAUCCACUAGCAGCGAAGGCGAUCACUGAGGACACUUAUAUGGACGACGUCAUCACCGGCUGCGACAACUUGGAUGAGGCGAAGAAGUUGCAAAUCCAACUGGAAGAAAUGACACGUAGUGGCGGCUUUCGGCUGAGAAAAUGGGCGUCCAACAGUGCAGACGUACUGAAAGGUAUUCCGGACGAAAAUCUGGCAAUUCGUCCUACUGAAGGCAUUAUGCUUGAUCCAGAUCCAUCUGUGAAAGCAUUAGGAUUAACUUGGCUCCCAGGAAGCGAUGUUUUCAGAUUCCAAUUCAGUGUCCCGACUAUUGGGUCCGAUGAAGCUCUUACCAAACGGAAGGUGCUAUCGAUUAUUGCUACAUUGUUUGAUCCUCUAGGAUUCAUCGGUGCUACAACGACAGCUGCCAAGGUGUUCAUGCAGCACCUAUGGACUUUGGAGGAUGAGAAGGGCAAGAAGUUGGAUUGGGAUCAGCCGUUACCUUCGAUGGUGGGUGAGGCCUGGAGGAAACUUCAUGAUCAACUACACAUUCUGAAUGAAAUACGAAUUGAUCGUUGCGUCAUCAUUCGAAAUGCCAUUAAGGUAGAAUUCCAUUGUUUCUCGGAUGCAUCGAAAAAGGCGUAUGGCUCAUGCCUGUAUGUCCGAAGUCAAGACCGGAGCGGGAGAGUCAAGACUCGACUACUAUCGUCGAAAUCCAAGGUCGCACCUCUCAAAACUCAAUCCAUACCCAGGCUAGAACUCAGCGGUGCGCUGGUAGCUGCACAACUUUUCGAGAAGAUGCGUCAAGCAACUAACCUGAAGGUCUACACAACGUUUUGGGUGGAUUCCACGUGCGCUCUACAGUGGAUCAAGGCUCUUCCUUCAACGUGGUCAGUAUUUGUCGCAAACAGGGUUGCGAAAAUCCAGGCGCUCACGGAAGGCUGUGAUUGGAGACAUGUAGCAGGGGCUGACAAUCCAGCUGAUCUGAUCUCGAGAGGUGUAGGUCCAAGGGAGAUCAUCGACAAUAGCUUCUGGUGA